AUGUCGCAUCAAAACAAUUCCACAAAUUGGGUUAUUCAAGGUUCAAAUGGCCAACCCCAAAUGAUAAAACUGGUUCAAUCUUCAGGAAAGCCCAUAAGUGGAAUUAUGACAUCAACUAUGACAGGACAGCCAGUUAAAAUUUUUAAGUCUCCCACUUCUAAUGCAGAAUCAUCUCAGACAUAUACUACUGGGACACAAGUAAUUAGGACCAUAACUUCUCCAAAAAUUGUGACAAAGACUGUUCCAAUUCAUGUUAAUAGUGGUAGCAUUCCCAAAGGUACAAAAACUAUUAGAUUAACGCCCACACAAAUGCAAAACUUUAAAUUUCUCAAUGCAACUAAUCAAAAAAUCCAAAUCAGUCCCACCGCCACAUAUCAGACUACACAGCCUUCACCUAAUGUUAAAAAUAUUCCUCCUCCAAUACUUUCAAGGAAAACCCAAAGGCAACAGGAUCCUCUUGAAUUAGAUUAUACUCCAGAAACAAAAAGGGGAAGGAAAUCUGAAAAGGUCAGCAAAGGACUGAGACACUUUUCAAUGAAAGUAUGUGAAAAAGUCAAACAAAAGGGAACAACAACAUACAAUGAAGUAGCGGAUGAACUGGUCACGGAAUUCACAAAUGCUACUAGCCAGUUUGCCGCAGAAUAUGACCAAAAAAAUAUAAGAAGACGAGUUUACGACGCUUUAAAUGUUUUAAUGGCUAUGAAUAUAAUCUCAAAAGAAAAAAAGGAAAUUCGAUGGAUAGGCCUUCCAACAAACUCCCUGCAAGAAUGCCAACAGCUGGAAAAAGAAGUCCAAAAGAAAGUAAGGAGCAUUAAAGAAAAGGAGAAGCAGUUGAAUGAGCUGAUUUUAAACCAGAUUGCCUUUAAAAAUUUGGCUCAAAGAAAUAAGGAGGCUGAAAAAAUGCAUGGGGUACCCCCACAAAACUCAUUUAUUCAAUUGCCUUUUAUUGUUGUCAAUACAAAUAAGAAGACUGUUAUCAAUUGUAGUAUUUCUAAUGAUAAAAUGGAGUACCUGUUCCAGUUUAGUGAUAAAUUCGAAAUUAAUGAUGAUGUGGAAAUAUUAAAGUCAAUUGGAAUGCUAGCAGGCCUGAAUACUGGCGAAUGUUUACCUGAAGAUUUAGAAAAAAUAAAAGGAUUAGUACCUGAAUCUCUUUGGCCAUAUGUAGACAAAUUGGCCAACAACAGUAUUGAGAGUAGUUUGGAUGAAUUAUUAAACACUGCUGGAUCCAGUACCAUGACAUUCAAUGUGGAAGAUUUUGUAGAAGCUACGAUGGAUGACAGUUCACGGCAGUCUUCAAACUACGAUCCAUUAUCACCAAGUGCAGCUGAUUAUUCUGAAGAAGAAAUUGACUCAGAUAUUUCUAGUGACACAGAGCUUAAUGGUUAA